UCGUGCGUAUUGUUUAUCGAGGUAGUGGGAGGACAUUCCUUGUAUGCGUCAUGGUGCCGACGAGCGGUGGCCAACAGAUCUAAAGGCAGAACUCUUAGCCGCUACUUACAACAUGUCCGCUGGCGAAUCAUCUAACGCUGCCGCUGCGCAAUCGGCUCGUGCUCUUGAGGCUCCCAAGAUCGAGGCAAUCAAGGCCUACCGAGCAAAAAUCAAGGAGCACGAGCAGAUCGGAGAGAACCUCAAGAAGAUCCGAUUGAACAUCCGUGAUCAACAGAAGGCGUAUGACCAAUCGGAAGAAGAUCUCAAGGCCAUCCAGAGUGUAGGACAGAUCAUCGGGGAAGUGUUGAAGCAAUUGGAUGAUGAGCGAUUCAUCGUCAAGGCAUCUUCUGGCCCAAGAUAUAUCGUGUCAUACAGGCCAACACUUCCAGUCGCAAAGCUCAAGGCUGGCGUCCGUGUCUCGCUUGACAUGACCACCUUGACGAUCAUGCGCAUCCUUCCACGAGAGGUAGACCCAAUGGUAUACAACAUGUCUCUCGAGGACCCAGGUUCGGCGUCGUUUGCCGGGAUUGGAGGGUUGAAUGACCAGGUUCGAGAACUGAGAGAAGUGAUCGAGUUACCGCUCAUGAACCCCGAGCUAUUCGAGCGAGUGGGUAUCAGUCCUCCAAAGGGAGUCUUGCUUUAUGGUCCCCCGGGGACUGGAAAGACUCUGCUCGCGCGAGCGGUCGCCGCAACCCUCAAUACCAAUUUCUUAAAGGUCGUCAGUAGUGCGAUUGUCGACAAGUACAUCGGAGAGUCGGCCAGGAUGAUCAGAGAAAUGUUUGCAUAUGCUAAGGAGCACGAGCCUUGUGUCAUCUUCAUGGACGAGAUCGAUGCAAUCGGAGGUCGACGAUUCAGCGAGGGAACUAGCGCGGAUCGAGAGAUUCAGCGAACCCUAAUGGAGCUUCUGAACCAGAUGGACGGUUUCGACACGUUAGGAAGGACCAAGAUCAUCAUGGCCACCAACCGACCGGAUACUCUUGAUCCGGCUUUGCUUCGUCCCGGUCGACUGGACAGGAAGAUUGAGAUCCCCUUGCCCAAUGAACAGGGCCGUCUGGAGAUUCUGAAGAUCCACGCUGCUAGCAUUAACAAGAGUGGAGAGUUCGAUUACGAAGCUGUCGUAAAGCUCUCGGAUACGUUCAAUGGAGCGGAUCUCCGAAAUGUGUGCACAGAAGCAGGAAUGUUUGCUAUCAGGGAAGACAGAGACUACAUCGUACAAGACGACCUGAUGAAGGCUGUCCGAAAGGUCGCCGAAGCCAAGAAGCACGAAUCUGCCAUCGAUUACAAGGCCGUCUGAUCUGUAUCAUGUAGAAAGCUUCUGAAACCCAUGUCUUACGAUCUUUACGUCAAUGCCUUGUCCGACACGGCUCUAAGCUCGACAUUACUGUAUCAACUGUAUUUCAUCGGUAUCACGCACAAUGCCUGAUCAUGUGGCAUGUAGACAAAUCGGACAGACUGGCAUAUUCUGGCG